AUGAAAGUCCAAUUAGAACAUCUUUAUUUAUUAAAUGUAGUGUUAUAUCUUGAUUAUAUGAAUGCUAGAAGAUUUGCACUAAUAAAUAGUAAAUGUUUAAAUGCUACUCAUUGUUUAUUAAGAAAUCCAAAUAUUGUUAAUGUAGAAGGAGAAAGUAAAUCAUCACAAUUAAGUAGUAAAACAAAAGGAAUAAUUGGAGAAUUAAGAACAUUUGAUGGGAUUCAAACAUUAAGUUGUGAUUAUGAAGUACUUUUAAAUAUUCCAUUUACUCUUAUUAAAAAUGUACAAUGUUUUAAUUUAUCAUUAAAACUUUUACAACCAUUUGACUUAAUAAAAAUUAAAGAAUAUGAUAUAACUGAUAAAAUAACUGAAUUAACAUUAUUUAUAUAUACUAAUGUUGAUACUAGAUUUGAUUUUACUCGAUUUAAAUCAUUGAGAAGGUUACAUAUUAAUUAUGGGUUUAAUGUUAAUGAACAAUCACUUGAACUUAUUUCACCAAUACUAAAUGUCUUACCUCAUUUUACUAAAUUAAUUAUUGAAUGUGCUGCAAGUGGAGUAUUACAAUUUCUUCCUUAUAUUAAACAAUUAAAUAAAAUUAGAAUAGAAAUAUUAUUGAGAGUCAUUGGAUUAAAAGACUCUAUUUAUAAUGAAUUAAAAGAAAUACAUUCCUAUUGUAAAAUUUGUUCUGUCUUUAAUAAUAUCUCUCCUUUCCUUAUUAAUCAUUCUAUUCCUUUAUUAAUUGAUCAAAAAAAAUUAUUUAUUAUUGCUCCAGAUAUUGUUGAAACUGAUGAAGUUGAAAGUGCAUGGAAUUUAUAUUAUCCUUCUAAAGUUUCAAUAUUUGGAAAUAAAGAUCUUUUUACAAAUGUUAAGGAACUAAACCUUUCACAUCAUGACUCAUUAAUAGACCUUUCUUUAUCAAGAAUUCAUUCAUACAACCCUAUACAAUUAUCAUUUCCUGCUUCAUUAAGAUCAUUGUCAUUUUCAUGUUUUAAUGUUACUCCAUUCCCUUCUCUUAGUUCAUUAAAAAUAGAAGAAUUAAAAGUAAAUGAUUGUUCUACAGUUGUAUCUCUUUGUUUACCUACAACAUUAACUAAAUUAUAUGUUUUUGAUUGUGAACGAUUAACAGAAAUUAUUGACUUAAAUAAUGAAAAGAUGAGAGAUUUAAAAAUUUCAUGUCCAUCUGUGAAAAUGAUUGUUCCUUAUGUAAGUAAGAAGAGACUAAAGAAAUACUAUAACAAAGUUACUUCAAAUAAUCCUGUUGAUAUUUUAGUUUCACAACGAGCACGUCAAUGUAUGGGUAAAACAGAUAAUUUUUCUGAUGUUGAACUACCUACAAGUAAUAUUCCUUUAGUGCGUAGAAGUUUCGUAUCAAUAAAUUGCUAA